AUGAGUGCAGUGGACAACAAGAUUCAAGGUAGACUUGCACUUAUCACGGGUGCUUCUGGAGGAAUAGGUGCGGCAUGUGCACGAGAUCUUGCAGCCAACAGCGCACGCCUAGCACUCACAUACAGCACCAACAAAGGCUCGCUAGAUAGUGUGAUCGAUGAAUUAGGCUCAAAGCACUCAGAUCUGAAACUCUCCAGCCACCAAUGUGAUGUUGCAAAGGAAGCCGACCUUCAACGCCUGUUCGACGAAGUCAAGCACGACCAUGGUCAGCAUCCCGAUAUCCUGGUGGUUAACGCUGGCUAUGGCAAGCGAGUAUCAAAUAUACUGGAUAUUAGUCUGGAAGAAUGGGACUACACGAUCAAUGUCAACCUCCGAUCGAGUUUCAUUAUCACGAAAUUAGCAGUCCCGCAUAUGCUCGGACAGCACUGGGGGCGAGUCAUAUACAUUUCAUCCAUCGCCGCGGGAGGUACAUCGAUCAACGGCUGUCACUACUCUGCAUCCAAAGCAGGCGUUCAAGGCUUGAGCAAGAAUCUGGCGAACAAGAUGGGCAAAUCUGGUAUCACCUUCAACGAUGUUGCGCCAGCUAUGAUCACUGGUACCGGCAUGAUUCCAACGGAAGAAGACCUAAUUGGCACUCCUGGAGACCCAAAAGGUAUUCCGGUUGGCAGGAGCGGGAGGACAGAAGAAUGCGCUGGGGUCGUUACCAUGCUCUGUCGAACGGGUUACAUGACUGGGCAAAGUAUUCUCGUCUCUGGUGGCUUGAAGUAG